CACAAGCCUCAACGAAGCCGGUCCACUUAAUUCCCAACGAUCGCUAAAGUCAAAUCGCGAAAAUGCUAAGGUUUCUCGGCCUUCUUCUUUCUGUGAGCUGUGUGUUAAUCGUUCGCGGAGGUGUUAUAGAAGUGGAAGUUCCCCAAGAAGUAACUGAGGGACCGGAGACCGACUUCAAGAACCCAAACGGUGUACACAAGCCCACCGGCAGUGAAAGCAACUCGACCCUGAAGCUGGUUCACGUGCUUUUUCGCCAUGGUCCCCGAACUCCGGUCAGCACUUACCCCAAAGAUCCGUUCAUCAACGAAACCUACGCGCCGUACGGAUGGGGAGCUCUCACUAACGGUGCUAAAGUGGAGCUGUAUAAAAUCGGCAAACAACUGCGUCAGCGCUAUAAAGAUUUCCUGCCCUCCUACUAUCAGCCCGAUAUGAUCCGUGCCCAGUCUUCGGAGUCGCCGCGCACCCUGAUGUCCAUGCAGAUGGUUCUAGCCGGACUCUUUCCGCCGGAGAACACGCCCAUGGAGUGGAACCUGAUGCUCAACUGGCAGCCCAUUCCCAUUGUGAUGGAGCCCGAGGCAACUGAUGUGCGCUUAAGAAUGAAGGCACCCUGUCCGCGUUACGAUGAAGCCGUUUUGGAGGUGAUUAACCUGCCGGAGGUCCAACAACUGCACUCCGAGAGCGCCGACUUGCUCCAGGAACUGACCAACCUCACUGGACUCAACGUUACUCAUGCCCACGAUGUCACCAAUGUUUUCAUCACACUGCAGACGGAGCAAACAUACGGGUUGGAGUUGCCCUCGUGGACAAAGGGUUACUAUCCGGAGAAGAUGUUGCCCCUGGCGGCCAAGUCUUAUGUCUACGAUGCCUACACCACUGAAAUGCGAAAGAUGAAGGGCGGCUUCUUCGUUGAGCUCCUGCUGCGGCAAAUGCAGGACAAGAUCUCUGGAAAGCUGCAGCCCAAGGAUCGCAGGAUGUUCCUCUCCUGUGGUCACGAUUGGACCAUCACGAAUGUGCUUUCCGCCUUGGACGUUUGGGAGGCUCAGAUGCCGCGGUUCUCAGCCCUUAUUGCCUUUGAACUGCAUCAGAACCCCGAAACAGGGGAGUAUUUCCUGGAGGUCUUCUUCCAAAACGACCCGGAGAAGGAGCCGCAGCAACUCCAGAUUCCAGGCUGUGAAAAGCAGUGCCCCAUUGAAAAGCUGUUGGAGCUAACCAAGGACAUAAUCCCGGAUGCUCCCUACGCGGAGUUAUGCGAAGCUAAGGGAACCCAAGAGGGAGGAAGAAUCAGCUAUAAUAAGUGAGGGAUAUCCGUGAUUUAUGGUCCAAUGUGCAGUAUUAAGAUUACUUAAAGAAUAAAUACAUACUCGUGUCUACCUAUUAUAUGUGUAA